UCUCUUUCCUCCGCAACCGUAGGCCCUGCAUCAGAAGACGGCUACAACGACAACAAUAACCAGAAUCGAGAAGCAAUGUCAUCUUCCGAAUACGAGAUGGAGCCUGACUCGGGCCACCAAAGAGGCAACAAGAAACGAAGAAUAGCCCGCGCGUGUGAUGUUUGUCGUAGGCGCAAAAGUCGAUGCGAUGGCUCACAAAUGGAUGGUGGUCGAUGCUCGACGUGUCUUGACGCGAAUCUGGAAUGUACUUACCUUGAAGCGGCCGUAAAACGCACGCCGGCCAGGAGCACCUACAUUGAAUCCUUAGAAGCCCGCCUUGAGCGCUCAGAAUCCCAAGUCAAGCACCUUCGCUCAGAGCUCACUGCCGCUCACUUUGCCUCCACUGUUGCCGCCUCAAGCUCGUCCAACCGUAAUGCCUUGUUAUCACAAACCGACAACGGCGACCCGACAAUAGAUUCAACGAAGGCUUGGCUGUUUGUCCUACGGACAGCAAUACACAGUCUCACAGUCCCUCAACCACCACCAUUGAAAGAGGAUCUAGAACAUAUGGAAAUUCGAAAGAAGAUGGAAGAGCUCAAGAUGGAUUCUAAAACACCAGGGCUCAAGUUUAUGGGCAAGUCUUCUGGGGUUUCACUGGUCAAGACUGCGAUUGACCUCAAAGUGAAUGCGCAAUCAAGAGAGCGUAGACGGGCCGCCUCAGCUUCAGCUUCAGCAUCUGCGUCAAGCGGAAGCCCAGCGGCUAGGACCGAAUCUGGAGAUAGCCCUGGAACAAUGCAAAGCUUGAGUGAAGUCGAAGAGCCAGAACCGACCAAUAAUGAUGACAGCGACGAAUGGGACAAAAGCAGUGCUCACAGUAGUGCUGGGCUGACAUGGACUGCCAGGAGGCUACAGUACUGGACUUUCAAGCCGUGGGAAAACGCGUCGACUCGAUCCCAAUCAUACACAUUUCCGCCAAUGGCCCUCAUGAACGAACUUGUGACGUUAUAUUUCACUCACAUCAACACAUAUUUGCCCCUGCUGCAUCGACCAACCUUCGAGAGGGGUAUUCGCGAAGGGCUUUUCUUGCGCCAUGACGGUUUUGCGGCAACAGUUCUGCUCGUUUGCGCCAAUGCCUCCCGCUGGCAUCCGGAUCCUCGUGUGGGUGCACCUGGCGGUAUUGGAGUCGGUCUCGAUGACCGCUACGGGCGAGGACCUGUCAGCUAUGCUGACACGAACGGAAACCAUUCCGUUCUACCACCAAAGACCGUACCAUCCGUGAUCGGUUCAGCUCCAGGAAUGGGUCUUGCAUGUGGCUGGGCAUGGUUUGACCAAGUUCCACUGGUAGGCAGCCAUAUGUUUGGUCAGGCGACCUUGUACGACCUCCAAUAUUACGCUCUGGCCGUUCAGUUUCUAGAAGGCUCUUCUGCCCCGCAAUCCUGCUGGACAAUUCUUGGUGUAGGAUUGCGUCUCGCACUGGAUCUUGGUGUCCAUCGGCGUUCUUCGGAGGUGGAGCCUCCACCAACCGUAGAAAGGGAGCUGAUGAAACGCGCGUUUUGGGUGCUUCUUUAUGAAGAUAGGCUAGUCAGCUCAGGAAUGGGGAGGCCAUGCUCGUUGCAGUUCGAUGAUUUUGAUGUCAACUUACCGAUAGAAUGUGACGACCAGUACUGGGAGGAUCCCUUGCGACCGUUUGAGCAGCCUGUCGGAAUCCCUUCAAAGAUCACGUUCUUCAACUGUUUAAUGACGCUCAAUCACCUUCUUGCGUUUAGUCUAAAGAUGCUGUACUCCCUAGGCAAAAUGCGCGUCAUUUUCCCGAUUACUGAUAUCUGGGAAGAAAAUAUGGUGGCUGAGCUUGACUCCGGGCUGAACGGGUGGAAGGAUAGGAUACCAGAACAUUUACGCUGGGACCCAAAUAAUAAAAACGACGUUUUCUUUGAUCAGAGUGCAGCCUUACAAUGUGGAUAUUACCACUUGCAAAUAUUAGUGCACCGGCCGUUCAUUCCGAUGCUGAGGAAGAAGGCACCGACUUCACUCCCGUCGUUAGCGAUUUGCACGAAUGCUGCGCGGGCAUGUGCCACUGUUGUCGACGUCCAAAGGAGGAGGAAGGGGGACAUACCCGUCAUAUUUAAUUUUUAUGCGGUAUUCACAUCUGGCAUUGUCCUCCUGCUCAACGUCUGGAGCGGGAAGCGCACUGGCUUGGUGGCUAACCCAGAACGCGAGAUUGCCAAUGUCCAGAAGUGCAUGGAUGUCGUCAAAGUAUGCGAAGAUCGAUGGCAGCAUGCUGGACUCCUCUACGACAUCCUUUCCGAACUGGCGAAUGUUGGCCACAUCAAUAAGGACUCGACAACAACAACCGUCCCUCCCUCAAUGCCACCAAUAAACCCUCAUGGCGUGAGCAAGCCCCCAGAGCCAAGAUCACAUAGAAACUUGAAGCGCUACCCAUCUUGUCAUGUCGAAACUGUCCCACCUUCUGAACACGUCCAACAAGCCACAGCUAGCCUCCGGCAGACAUUCGAGCGUCCCAUUAGCGAUCCAGAGUGGCGAGCGCCAUAUCAGGCCCAGUCCCAUAUCGCCCAAUCACAGGCUCAGACGCCAACGCACUCCGUGAUGAGAUCACCCACCCAGAUUGAUCCGAGAGUAUUCGGCACAGUGCCGAUGGAGCCAAGUGCAUUUGCCCCUGUCCCAGGGUCAGAGUCGAGUAGUUCGCCAAUGCUAGUAAAGCCAGGCACAUGGGAUCCUCCGCUAAAUCAAGAUCUAUUUGCGGGCUUACACACAAUGGACCCAACUAUCAAUGGGAAUGGCCAGUGGAACGGGAUGGGUGAUGCCGAAAUGAUGAACAUGGAGAUGAACUUGAUUGACCAGGAGACGAUCAAUAUGUGGGCCAGUGCGCCUAUCGGAAUAGAGGUGGACGACUGGGGCAACUACUUUAGCAACUUCAGUGAAUUGACGCAAAUGCAUUCUCAACAGUACCAACCACAACCAACACCCGUCGACUACCCUCCAACAAUGUAG